AUGAUUGAAGUGGUUUUGAAUGAUCGACUGGGUAGAAAGAUUCGGGUCAAGUGUAACCCAGAUGAUACAAUUGGAGAUUUGAAAAAACUCGUUGCUGAAUAUACAGGCACAAGAUGGGACAAAAUAAGAAUUCAAAAAUGGUAUAAUGUAUACAAAGAUCACAUCACUCUGGAAGACUACGAAAUUAAAGAUGGAAUGGGUCUAGAACUUUAUUAUAAUUGA